UUAAAAAAGUGCCUUGGCUUCCUUAGGCUGAAGAUGCUCCUCGCUGCUUGUGGAUGCUGAACCCGAGAUCGGCCUGGAAGAUGUUUCUCUUUGGGAUUACACGUGGCGAAAGGCGGUCACUCCGAGGGAGAGCUGGCUGGUGGUGAGACUCACCUGACCCGCCCUGCCCUCCUCCUUGUUUUGUAUUUGUUUUGGGGUGUUUUUUUCCUGCUCUGGGGGACGCAGUGGCUUCAAUGGCUCCAUCUCCCAGGAGAAGCAGCAGCAGCAGAAAAGAUGCCAUUGCUUUGCCAAGCGCGUCCUCAACUUUCUGGGCAAUUAUGAUCUUGGUUGGCCUCCUCAUCGCCUACUGCAGUCAAUUGGCUGCAGGUACAUGUGAGAUUGUUACGUUGGACAGAGAUAGCAGUCAACCCCGAAGGACUAUAGCCCGGCAAACAGCUCGUUGUGCAUGUAAAAAAGGACAGAUUGCCGGUACAACGAGAGCAAGGCCAGCCUGCGUCGAUGAUACGACAGCUUCUUUGCUGACUCUUUGGUUUGUUGUGGUGGACUGCUGGCCCAUUUCACGCAUUAUAAAAACAAAACAGUGGUGUGAAAUGCUUCCAUGUUUAGAAGGAGAAGGCUGUGAUUUGCUAAUCAAUAAAUCAGGCUGGACCUGUACACAACCAGGUGGGAGAAUAAAGACAACUACGCGUAACUAUGAUGACAAAAAACUUCUCUGAAUAUAAUUGCAUUUGGAGGUGUUCACUGUCUGAAGAGGUGUCUGGUCCAAGUCUGAAUUAAAGAUAAAGAAUCCUAAGAAGGGAGAGCAGGAGGGGCCUUGAAGCUACUCAUCAACAGUUAGCACCCGGACAGCAGACUGAGCAGAAACACAGGUCACCCGGUCACAGUCUUCGCUACUAUGGUCUCCUGACAAAUGCAGCAACAGAGAAGCCUUGUAGGAGUUUUUCAGCUCUGCGUGGGCUACAUUCCCUAGUCAAGUUUCACGGCUGUGGAUCAUCCAUUAUAUGUCAUCAACUCAACUGUCUGUUUCUCUGUAUUUCAUCAAAGACAGCAUAAUUCUACGUUAUGAGCUAAAGUCUGUCCUACCAUACUAAAGAGCACUGGACUAAGGAAGAGAGAGAUAAAUGCUUGGGCAUUAGCAAUACGAAAACGAAACAACACCAGUUCACAGUUAACGUCUCAUCUGCGUUUUGCGCCACUGUUGAACUUCAUCUGUGGUCAUGUUCCAACGGGAAGAGUCAACUACCACUGGAGAGUAUUCAUCCCAAUCAGCCUUAGAGAAGACUGUUUUGUCUACGGGAGGACACUAAGGUGCAGAAGGCAAUUUCUUCUUGUGCCCUAGACUGCCUAAUUGCUUUUAUUUUCUUAUGUUUCAGUAUAUACAAUAGACCAAAGAGCAAAAUCUAUUUUAGAGUGGACACGAUGUUACUGUUAGCAAGGUUAUUUGGGUUCAGUAGUAUGGCGACCACCUUGCACGAAUUCAACUCGCCCAGUGCUGCAAUAUUGCCGUCCAGCAAAAGUCCUUGUGGAACACUGCGGAAAAGGCUGGAACUGCUCUUGGGGAAAGGUACACGGGAAAACACAAGGGGACAAGGAGGGGAAACGGCCGUUCUUCAACAAGAAAACAGAACUUUGAUCAAAAACAACACAAACUGUCUACGCACCACCUUUACUCCUCUGUGCUUAGAUUGACUUCUCGUACUAAAAAUCAUUUUGAGUUUAACCAGUUCGACAUGCCUCUUCUAUGGUUCCAUUUUUUGAUCGUUAAAAGUUGGAUAAUACAGUAUUUGCAAAGAGCAUGUUUGGUCAUCUGUGGCCUAUGUCUCAUCUGAUACACCAUUUAGCACCAGAAAGCAAAAUCCAAGGGGCGGGGCAGGGGGGGGGGAAGUAACACUUGUUUGAAAGAGAUCAUUAAAUGUAUUUUGAAAAGCCUAAAGUUAUAUAUUUAACAGUUUUUAUAUGUUGUAUAUUUGUAGAAAAUCCUAUUUAACAAUUAACGUGGUAACUCUGACAGUCAUGACAAAAAAAAGAAAAAAAAUAUGGAUCAGAGUUGAGUUGUUGUUUUAUUACUUCAGUUGUCUCUGAAGUGACUGGUGUAGUUUGCUUUCUUCCAUUGGGACAUUCUGGAUGUAAAGCAUGACCAGAGAGGACUCUGUAGAAAAAGCAAAGAAUAAUGUUGUUUAUAUUACAUAAAUGCAUUCAACCAUUGCACUGUUAGAAGGCUUUCUCUCUCUUCCCCCCCCCCUUUUCAUUUUCUCCCCGUUUUUCUUUGAGGGGGGUGGUCUUUUGUAUACCAGUA